UGGCCCCGCCCCUUCCGCCCAUUCAUCGCUGAGGGCGGCGGCGGCGCGGCCUGCUCGGAGGAGGCCUCCGCACCGCCCGCGCCUCCGGGGCCUUCCCGCCUCAAGGAGCUUUCUCCUCUCUCUUUCUCUCACUUUCUCUCCCCGCAACGGGAACGGCCGCCCUUCCCGCCCUCAGCGCCGGCCUCCCGCCGCCAUGAAGCUCGUCAGGUUUCUAAUGAAGCUGAGCCAUGAGACUGUGACCAUUGAACUGAAGAAUGGGACACAGGUGCACGGAACCAUCACAGGUGUGGAUGUCAGUAUGAAUACACAUCUCAAAGCAGUGAAAAUGACACUGAAGAACAGAGAACCCGUUCAGCUGGAGACGCUGAGUAUUCGAGGGAAUAACAUCCGAUACUUCAUUCUGCCAGACAGUUUGCCUCUGGAUACUUUGCUAGUGGAUGUUGAACCGAAAGUCAAGUCCAAGAAGAGAGAAGCAGUUGCUGGAAGAGGCCGUGGCAGAGGCCGUGGAAGAGGACGAGGUCGUGGAAGAGGACGAGGAGGCCCAAGACGAUAACUUCUCACUGCGCAACUGCUACCAAAUUCUGGGCAAUUUCUGAUAUUUUUUUGUACAGGUCUUGUUUAUGGUAUCCAUUUUUAAUAAACUGAAAUGUGAAAAAGACGUCUUUCCUUUGUUAGGGAAGUCUGGGGAGGGAGGCAUGUCCUGUUUCUAGAGGCUGUUACAGACUGAGCAUGUCUUGUUUGGUGUUGGUUGCCGUUGUCAAGGUCUCACCCACUCCUGAGGGCUGUAUGAUGACCUCUUGCUUUUUUGCCCCAGAGAGAGAGAGAGACUUGUGUUGGUAUGCUUUUAACAGUGUUAGAAAUGAAUCCCUCUUCCAUAAGGCACUUCACAUUUUCUAAUGCUGAUGUAGUUAAGACUACAUUAAGAACAUGUUUCUACUGUUGUUCUGCAGAGUGACCUCUUUAAAGUUCAUAGAUAAAAUUUUACUGUUUGCUAUUACAUGAAGCUUACAAUUUAAACAUGUUGCUUUCUUUAUACAAAGUUUUCACAUAAGGAAAUUAACCAGUUCUGUGGAACUGCUGGAUUGUUACAUCUCAUGAUUAAAGUAUACCUGGCUAUGAACUUUGUCAGAGCUAAUUAUAUGGCAUACUUUUGUUUGGGUGGGGCUUGUAAAGUAGCUUUAUCACACAUUUCUUUUAGUGUACUUAAAGUGCAUCCCUAGAAAAUACAAAGUACAACACAGUUACAUACUGGAAUUGGAGAUUUACUUCUGGAAAUACAGAACUUCUGCAGCUCAUGUAUAUAUGUAUAUGAACUGCUUUGCUGGACACAAACAUAAAAAAGCAGUGUUGGCCACAGUUACCUCGAAUAUCAUCCUGCUAACUCUUCCCCUGUAGGAAAGGGAUAUCACAUUUGCGUUGCAAGACGUCAACAGCUUCAUCUGUUGGUGAAAUACACAAGUCAUUUCAAAUAACAUUCAUGUUAGAGCAUGGCUUUCUUGAAUGAUAAGGGCAUUCGCCAGUACUUCAGUGCAGGAACGUGCUUACUUGGUUGCUCGUGUUUCCGCACAGGCAGUGCUACGAGUGGAAAAUUACCUAACGUUGUGUAAUGGAUUGAUACGCUGGUUAAUUUGUGCUAGCUAGCAUUUUGUGAGCUGCUCUUCUGCUUUUUCCCCUCUUACAGAGGCCAUGGUAAA